AUGCCACCCAAGAAGCUAAACCAACAAGCCCCUUCCUCAGUCCCCGACGUAGACGAGCUGAAGAGCAUAGCCGCCAAAUCCGACAGUCCAGAAGAUAAACUCAAAGAAGCCGCCGCGAGCGCCGAGUCCGCCCUCGCCUCCGCCAAAACCGCCUCGUCGCUACGUGCCGCCGCCGAAACCAUCAAAGACCCUGAGAAACGGAACAAAUACCUACAAGAUGCGUACAACAAGGAGAUUGAAGCGCAUGGAAACUCGAAGAAGGCGCGCGUACUCAGUUCAGGCGCAUUCCAGGGUAGUGUAGGGGGUGGUGGGAUUGGUAUGGCUGUGGGCGCGGGACUGGGCACGCUGGUGGGGACUGUGGCUACGAUUCCUACGACGGCUGUGGGCACGUUGGUGGGUGCGGGUGUGGGGGGUGUUCAUGGGCCGUGGGUUAAGCUUGGGGGUGGGAAGAAGGAUGGGAAGGAUAAGGAGAAGGAAGGUGGAGAGGGCGGCGAAGGGGAGGAUGUUGAUGGGCAGAUGCAAGACCAGAUGGGUGGGGAGGAGGACGGCAUACCGGAUCCUGAGGCGCUGAGACGUGCGGCAGAUGAGUUUGCGCAGCAGCGGAAGGCGAACCAGGAGAAUGGUGGUGGUUAUGCGGAGAAGAAGGAGAAGAAGGAGAAGAAGAAGCCUAGGAAACUGGAGGUACGGGGCAAACAAGGUGCAUGA